AUGUCAUCUCCAUCGCAAAUACCUUCAAACAAUCCAAUGUCUUCAUUUCAUCCAAAUUCUUAUUUAGAUAUUGCUUUAACCAAUCCACCUCAAAAAAACAUAUUAGUCAAACUCUCUCUUGCUUAUCCGCCUUUACCUCAUGAUAAUAUAGAUGACAACCAAGACUGUCAGUCUCAAACUUCUUCGAGUUCAUAUAUAAAAUUUAGAUUUUUUCAAACUGAUUCCAAAGACGAUAUCAAACAAGAAAUAGCAAAAGCUUUUGAUGUUGAAGAGUUUUCUUUAAUAGAUGAAAAUGAUAACAUCAUUACGUCAAGUUGGUUUUCGUUAGAAGAUAACCAAAGAUAUAAGAUUAUUGAUCGUUCUUCCGUUUGUAAAGGUUUUGAUAAUUUUACUUCGGAAAAACGUCUCUUGGUGUUAAAUAAAGGUAAAAAAUCUGUUGUUUAUGAAAAAAAACGUGACCGUGAUUUAUAUCGUAGGGAUAAAAAG